UUCUGAAAAGGAAAUUGUGAAAGUUGACAUUAUGGCUGAACAGUCGAUGGAUCUGCGUAACUAUAUGGUUCGUCAUUUCUACAAUCCUAAAUGGGAAGAGAUGAAAUACAAUUUUUUGAAGACCAUAGAUGAGAUGCUUGCAGCUUUUUCUAAAUUUCUUGGUGAUAACGAUUGGUAUGCAGGAAAAAAUAUCACAUUCGUUGACUUCGUAAUGUACGAAUUAGUUGAUCAACUUCUUUACGUUGAUCCCAAAGUUUUGGAUAAGUACAACAACUUGAAGGCAUUCCAGAGCCGUUUUGAGACAUUACCAAAGAUUGAUGCUUACAUGAAGUCUGACCGUUUUAUGAAGAACCCUUUAAAUAACCCAACAGCUUUUUUCGGGAUGAAUUGACAAGUGUAGAAAAAUGUAUUUCAAUAAAUGUUUAAAUCGUG